UUACAAGUAUAUGACAUCUACAUUAUAAGAAGGGUACUUUUGGCUGCCCACGCCCGGGACGUGAACAUCUUUAUCUGGACCUCGCGCAAGUCGGUCGGUCAUGGAACAAACGAUCGCAUCAUGGUUCAUGGUGAUGGUACACGGGCUGAUGGUCGCAGUUCCAGUUUUCUGUGCCAUAUUGAAGCGAUCGUGCGGUCGGGAGACCGAGAAGGCGCGGAGACCCUAAGGUGAAAGAAAUCAAAUGUAGUAGUCGCUCAGGCCGGUUAUCUGGCCCGUCCCACAACUAAAGCGCCUGAAACG